AAACUUUAAAAUGCAACUGAAUGAGCGCAGGUGUCGAGUGCUGCUAUUUUACCAAACCCAAUAAAUAGCUCAAUAUAAAAAUGUUGAGGCCAUAGGAUAGCACAUUAUUUGAAAAAUGUUCGAUUUGGUUAAAGGUCGUGGUCGCAGCGUGUUCGCAUCCCGCGAUGCAGUUAUUUAUCUUUUCAACACGUUUCGAUUUGUGGGUCUCAAUCCACCACCUCACUGCCGUUUGCUGUACUACUUCUAUGGCAGUAUUAUAACGCUUUUUGCCGUCCUACUUUCGCCGCUCAUCUUCAAUGUAGGCUGGAUACGUGAUCGAAAUAUCUUAUCGGUAAUGGAGAUCCUAAAUUGUGUUCAGGCGGCUCUCAACGUCAUCGGUGUGCCAAUUAAGAGCAUCACACUGGCCUUGUCAUUGGGACGUUUACGCAGUGUUGAACCGCUAUUGUCGAAGUUAGAUGCACGCUACACCGAACCCGAGGACUUGGCCAAGAUACGAGCCUGUGCAAUCACUGGCAAUCGCAUCGUGUUCGGCUACAUUAUCUCAUAUAUGAUGUACGAAACACUGACUGUGGUCACCGCAUUGCUGGGCGGCCAUGCGCCGCUAACCUUGUAUAUUCCAUUUGUGGAUUGGCAUCGCUCAAGCUGGGAGUAUUGGUUGCAAGCUAGCUUCGAUGGCGCUAUGCUCUUCUUUCUACUAUUCCAUCAAAUACUUAAUGACUCAUAUCCAGCUGUAUAUAUCUAUAUUAUACGUACACAGGUGCAAUUGUUGGCGAAUCGGGUCAGGCGCUUGGGGACAACAAAUAAAAGCCAGGAGGAGACAUAUCAUGAGCUGCAGGAUUGCAUUAUAACACAUCAGGAGAUAUUAAGAUUGGUGAGCGUCGUGGAACCUAUUAUGUCCUUAACGCUCUUUGUCCAGUUCUUCAUCGCUGCAGCUAUCUUAGGCACCACCAUGAUAAAUAUCUUCAUUUUCGCUGAUUUCGCUACAAGAAUUGCUUCGGGCACCUAUAUGUUUUGUGUAUUGCUGCAAACUUUUCCCACUUGCUUCUACGCUACUCACUUGCAGUCGGAUUGCGAGCAGCUGUCCAUGUCGAUUUUCCACUGUAAUUGGCUUUCGCAAGGCAAACGCUUCAACACGAUGUUGCUAUAUUUUUUACAUCGCUCUCAGGCGGAUAUACCGUUGUUCGCUCUGAAGUUAGUGCCAAUUAACUUGUCUACAAAUGUGUCAAUUGCUAAGUUUUCAUUCACUCUUUAUACAUUUAUCCAGAAAAUGGGAGUGGGUAAGAAUCUGAAGUAA